AGCCUUUUAACUGAGUAUUCUGGUGGAUUCGAACAGGGUCACUGAUGUUUUGGUUCCUCCGACAAAAGUGGUUGAUGUUUGGAAUCGGUAAGAAACAAAGCGAUGAUCAAAACUUUGGGUGUGGCUUCUGCUCGCUUCUUCUUCUCCAGACAUCCACCAACGACUCGUAACAUUUGCGUUUCAUCUCACUCCGUAUCGAAUCGCCGGAAAUUCUCUGUGAUGGCCAGUGGAAGCAGCGGUGGAGGAGAAGAGUUGGUAAAAGGAAACGUUUACCCAAAUGGCGUCGCUGUCAUCACUCUUGAUCGACCUAAAGCUCUCAACGCCAUGAAUCUAGAAAUGGAUUUGAAGUACAAAAGCUUGCUUGAAGAAUGGGAAUCUGAUCCCAAAGUCAAAUGUGUUGUCGUCGAAGGAAGCACUCCUCGAGCCUUUUGUGCUGGGGGUGAUGUGAAGCAGUUUACAACCAAAAAACAUUUGUCAGAUAUGAUAGAGGUAUUUACAGCUGAGUAUACCCUGAUAUGCAAGAUUGCUGGAUACAAAAAGCCAUAUAUCUCUUUGAUGGAUGGCAUUACAAUGGGAUUUGGCCUUGGUCUUUCUGGACAUGGGCCCUACCGUGUGAUAACAGAGAGGACGGUCCUGGCAAUGCCAGAAAAUGGAAUCGGCUUGUUUCCAGAUGUAGGGUUUUCAUAUAUAGCAGCUCAUACCCCUGGCAGAGGGUCUGUUGGUGCGUAUCUUGGUAUGACUGGGAGAAGGAUCUCCACACCUUCUGAUGCAAUGUUUGUGGGUCUUGGGACACAUUAUGUGCCAUCUGGAAAGCUAGCUUCACUCAAAGAAGCCUUUCUGUCAGCUGACAUUUCCAAGGAUCCUCAUCAAGACAUCCAAGCAACUUUAUCAGAAUACAGCAGCGGUCCUGACUCUGAAGCCUACCUCAAAAUGAUGUUGCCUCAAAUAGAAACAGCCUUUAGUGCUAUUAAAUCUGUUAAGGAAACAAUCGAAGAGCUGAAGAAGUACCAGCAGAGCACUGAUGCUUCAGUUGCAGAAUGGGCUAAGGAAGCACUCCAAGGCCUUGGAAAAGGAGCCCCGUUCUCUCUAUACCUAACACAGAAGUACUUCUCCAAAGUUGCUUGUGCCAUGGGUAAAACCGACAAUGAGAUGGCAACGCUUAAUGGUGUGAUGAAAACGGAGUACCGCAUUGCUCUGAGAGCUGCCUUGCGCGGUGAUUUCUCUGAAGGUGUUAGAGCAGUCUUGGUCGACAAGGACCAGAACCCGAAAUGGAAACCAGCAAGCUUAGACGAGGUAGAAGAAAGCGAAGUGAACGCUCUCUUUAAGCCACUAACUCCUGAAGUGGAAGAGCUAAACGUAUGAAAAUGAGUUCACUUGAUUGUUCUAGCUUAAUAUAUAUGUAUGUGACAUAUGUAUUGACUUUCAAGUUUCAACAAAUUGAUCGCUCGUGUGUUUCCAGCUUUGUAUACAGAGCACAUGUCCCUUUCAUAUUAUUAUUAUUUUCAAGUCGUAUA